AUGGACAACUCUAGCUCGGCACCCGAUGCCGACACGCGGUCCGAUAUCAACGAAGCAGCCCGUGUCGAUGAUUCGAUAGACGCCCGCCCUGUCUUUUCUCCCCCACCCUACUGGCGUCACAACAGAAAUGCUUCAUAUUCAAGCGAGUUCUCGGAUCGACCGCCUGCUAUCAUUCUCGAAGAUCACACGCUGUCUCGAGAAGCCAGUAGAGCUGCGUUGUGGGCAAAGGCCAUCACCAUCGACGACUAUGUCAUUGUACAAGGGACUACGGGCAUCGGAUCGUAUGUUGUCUGGAACUGCAAAGUGCAGACCUUGGACGGCGGACCGAUGGUGAUUCGGAAACGAUAUUCAGAAUUCGACGAGCUGAGGUCCAGGUUGAUCAAAGCCUUUCCUCAUUCAACAAAUUCUUCUCUACCUCCGCUCCCACCAAAGAGCGCCAUCUACAAAUUCCGCCCGAAGUUCCUCGAAAAGAGGCGUCAGGGCCUGGCUUAUUUUCUAAAUUGUGUCAUGCUUAACCCGGAAUACGCUGGCUCUACGAUUGUCAAGGACUUUAUUUUUCCACCUGAGAAUUAG